AUGGGGUGCAGGUGCUGCAAAAUGAUACAAAGCUAUAUUUUUGAUUCAGAAGAAGUACAAUCACCUGGAUGCAUUCAUGAAGUAAACAGCUACAGACACAAGGAGCAAGGCAGCAAUAAAUUAAAAUUCAAAGAAAACAGUGAAAUUCAGGAACAUAGAAGUGAACCCCAGAAGGAUGAGCUAAACAGAACAGAAAAAAAAAAUCAGGUAAAUAGCACAAAAGAAACUCUCUGGAACCAUGAAGGCAAUGAUUUUCAAGACGAUGGCCUUGUGAACAGUGUUGCAAAGCUUGAUGGUGCAGUCAAUGGUGGCAACUCCUGUGCUGGAGUGCACCCCAUGCUCAAUCCCAACACAAACCCAGUGAAAGAACCCAGUGAACAGGAAACCUCCAGCCAGUCAGCAGAAUCUUCUUCAGACAGCAAUAGAGACUUUUACACCAAAGCAAACAGGUCUGGACAAGAACUUGACCUAGAGGCAAGCAGUCAGAGGAAGGCAGCCUGCAAUGAAUUAAACAGUAUUCAAGAUGGGAAAUCCUUCUCUGCAGAAGAUAGCAUCUUUCUCGAAGGAAGUGCAAAACUGGAGACACAAAAAAAUGACAUACAACUGCCAGAUAUUGAUUAUCCCCAAAAUGUCAAUCAAACCAGGAACUAUGUUGAAAAAGACAGCUUUUCAGUCAAUUGUACACAUUCAGACCAAAACACUGGGCCUUCACCAAUACAGGACCAGGACCUUUGUGUAACUCCACCUUUGCCUAUGAAGGAAAGCAGUAUUGAACCUUUUAAAACUGACUCCACUAUUCCUGGUGGUAUCACUGCUGUAGCCAUUACCAAAGUAGCACAGGCACACACACACCCCAACCACAAAGAUGUCAAUGGAGAAAUUGAGGAGGAAGAUGUAGAAGUAGCAGCAGCUCUGGCUGCACUGGAAGCUGCAACUGCAGGGGAAGACCUAGAAGAUGAUGAUGAGUACUAG